AGAAGCCGGCUCUUCGAGGCAUGCUGGGAAUAGUAGUCUUCCUUUCUGGGAGGGAAAAAAAGAGGCGCUCCCUUUGGACCCUGCGCCGUCGGAGGGCAGAGUGCUUCCGCAGGGACCGACCUGGCGGCCGUGCUGGCCAGGCUAACCAAGGGGGAAGCAAACCCUCUGGGGCCCGCGGUCGCUCUUUCUGGAGGCCCCUCCCCGGUGGCUUCGCUGACUUCCGUGGGGGCGUGCAGGGCGGAGUCUUCUGCUCGCCAAGUUGGGAGAAGCUGAGGCUACGACCAGCGGCAGCGCGGAUGGCCGUGGGUUCAAGGGUAUCUCCAGCCUGCCGAAGCACCGGUGCACCCGCCCUGGGGCACUUUUGCCUCAGGGCCAGGACCUCGAAACCUUUGGGCUUGGUUUUUACUGCCAAGGACGUCAAGUCGACUUGAUCCAACAUAAAGUCUUGGUGGUCCCUGUGCCACCGCUGGGAGCAGAGCUUGGAAAUGUUGCAUUUUUUGACUACAGCACCCAGAAUCCCCCGGAGAGCAUGGCCAUGGAGAUACCAGGGCACUGGUGCCCUGUUGAAGCAUCCCGGGCUAACAGAUCAGUGUCGGGCGUCAAAUGGCCGUUUUGUGCACACAGGGCCCAAGAAGAGCCGGCCUCUGUGCACCAGCCUUGGGGGGUUUUGGUUCCCAGGAGCCCAGGCAAGGAGACGCUGCCUAUUUGUGGCUAUCCAGGCUUCUCCUCUCGCACCUCGAUGGCCCCAGGAGCUGCCGGCUCUUGUUCCUUUUCCUGGGGUGGGCAGCACUCCCAGUUACCACACAAGAAGUCACCCAGCAGAGGUCGAGUGUCAUGUGGUGGACCUGCGCAGUGACACAGUGACUCGGCCCAGCCCCAAGAUGAGGCAGGCUAUGGCUCAGGCCGAGGUGGGUGAUGAUGACUACGGAGAGGACCCCACAGUCAAUGAGCUGCAAAGAGUGGUGGCUGAGCUCCUUGGAAUGGAAGAGGCGCUGUUUGUUCCUACAGCCACCAUGCCUAAUCUCAUCGCUGUCAUGUGCCACUGUCGCAGGCGAGGAGCGCAGGUCCUGCUGGGGAAGGAGGCCCACAUCCAUAUCUUUGAGCAUGGAGGGAUCGCACAGGUAGCUGGAGUCCAUUCAGAGACACUGCAGGAUCUGCCUGACGGGACCCUGGACCUUGAGGAACUAGAGCAUAAGAUCCAGCAGGCUCACCGAAGCCAGUACCAUCCCCGCCCUGAGCUCAUCUGCCUUGAGAACACCCACUGCUCAGCUGGGGGACGGGUGCUACCCCUUCAGUACCUGCAGAAGGUGCACCAGCUAGCCCAGAAGUACGGCUUACAGAUACACAUUGAUGGCGCUCGGGUGCUUAAUGCCGCUGUCGCACUGGGAGUGCCGCCAAGUCAGAUCGCUCAGCACUGUGAUUCCAUCUCUUUGUGCCUCUCUAAGGGUGUGGGUGCACCAGCAGGGGCGCUCCUGGCUGGAGCCAGGGAAUUCAUCACUGAAGCGUGGCGUGUACGGAAGCUCCUCGGAGGUGGGAUGCGCCAGGCAGGGGUCCUGGCAGCAGCUGCCCUUGUUGGGUUAAACCACGUAGAGGAAACACUGAAGAGAGAUCAUGACAAUGCCAGACGCUUUGCCCAAGGUGCCUCUGCUAUUGCUUCCCCUCUUUGCUCCAUAAAUCUAGCCGCAGUGGAGACCAAUAUUCUCAUGGUGAGGACAUUAUUGCCCUGGCUGACCCCUUCCAAGUUGUGUGAACUCAUGGAGGCUGUGAGUGCUGAGGAGGUGGCUGCCACAGGCCAAGCCACGAGCGUGCGGCUCUUCCCGUGGGGAAAGCAUUGCUUGCGUGCUGUCUGGCACUGCGACGUUUCCCCUCGCGACACACAGUUAUCUGGAAACAAGUUGCGUUUUGUGCUGGACAAAUGCAAGCAGCAAUGAUGCUCAUCUGAAACCAGCUCAUCUGAAUUCAUCGGAGACCAGAAGUAAAUCUGCUGCUUGGCAGAUGGAUUCAGAACAAGCCAGGACAUACUCUGAAGUAGAGUAUGCUGGUCUCUGAUUCUGUGGCGCUGGCCUCUUUGAAGCAGAGGUGGCUGAAGUCCAUCUUUGGGAGAGGUUUGUGGUUCAGCAUGGGUCCUGGUAGGAUUAGGAUUUCAGUCCUUGCCCUGGCUCAGCCACUCCUUCAUCCCUCUUAUGACUGCUGUGCCCUUUAGCUCCUCUUUAGGGCAGGAUGUGCUUAGGGACCCACGCCCUGUCUUUUGCUCUCAAACAGAACUCAAACCACUCCAGGCUAAGUCAGAAAUUGUAGACUUCCCACUGAUCUCUUUCUUGUCCUCUUAUAGCGUGGGUGUCCCUGCAUCACCCUGCGUGUGGCCAAGCCCAAACCAUUGGGGUCAGCUGUGGUAAAGGAGACUGGAUUAGCUCCGGAAGCUGACAGCCUCACUUCCCAAACCAUAAAUAACCAGCUUCCCACCAAAGGAGCUACAGUCACUUUGUGAAAUGACACAAAUUCUACACAAAAGGAAGCACCAACAUGGGCCCUCCUUUUCUCGAGAGAGUGGGCUUUGUUUCUUAAGGCUGCUCUGCCCCUACCAGCUGAGAGUCCCUUUGUUAGCUAUAGUAUGAUUGUGUUGUGGCUGCAGAAAUCCAGUAUUUUCAGCCCAGAUGGCCCCUCUGCACUCUGUAUCUCUAUGAGAACAUCAACCAGAGUCUGGGAAGCAGGAAGUUAGCUGACAUAAAAGCACAAGGCUGUGGCAUGUAGUGGCAGCAGACAUUCUAGAAGAAUAAUUAGGCCGUAUGCAAAGUCCUGCUGCUUAUGGCUUGCCUUCACAGCUUCUCACUUGUAAAGUAUUGUGUCGACUGCUGAGCAGCAGAGAAAAUACCUCACAUGCCUUACAGGUGACUGAAGGGAAUUUGUAUUCAAGAACCAAGCAACAUGCCUGCUUACUGGAGUCAUUUAUUUUGAGAUGUCUUAGGUGUAAGUAACAAGGAAGAGCAACCGAUGGUCAUGCUGUGAGAAGGAGUAUUAGCCAUACAUACCAAGAGGCAAGAGAAAAAGCUGCCGUUGCUACCGUUCCAGGAAGGGACCAAGGGCUGGUGGGUCCCCUCCUUCCCGUCUCUGCUCUUCUUGUGCAACAAGGCUUGAGGAACAGAAAUCUAGACUCUUCUAUUUGAUCUAUUCCAUGGAAGUAACAAGCAUGGAUGGCAACAAACGGGCUGUAGGAACAGAACCUUCCUCCCCCUCCUCACAUACC